CUCUUCAAGCGGCCGAAUUUCAUCACGCACGCGCUUUCCAGGCCAGAUACAGUUAUUCUCGGUGUCGCUCGACGCCGUACUUUUACCCGAAUCGCGAAUACUGCCACCUCCGGGCCCUCUUCCGCCAAGAAAGUCGCGCGUGGCGGCGAUCGCGCACCUCCACAUCUCCUCAGCAACGAACAGCGCGCCUGCAGGCCUCCCGCAUCGCUUUCCAGCGCCCCGAGGCCUUCACAAGUCAUAUCACGACUCAAGAUCACGUCAUUGUCCCAUCGGACUGUCUCACGGUUCACGAACGACGCGCUACGACUCCCGCACGACGCGCUCGAGCGCACACUUCAUGCCCACACCACCGAGCUGUCUGUCGCUCGCACGACCAAUGCAAUACAAGUCAUAGACAUUAUAGAUUGUGACACUGGCGUAUUUUGUCUCCAAGCUGGCGACGGUGGUCUCUCUCGCGAUGGCAGAGCCCGGCAGGCUCAUGGGCCAGAACGCGAGCAACAUCGACCCGGAAGACAUUGACGCGGACGGAGAGUACGAGGAGGACGACGUUGGAUACGAGCAGGCUACCAGGGAGAGCAGCCCGGAGGCGGGUGGGAACACCACAGAUGCGGAAGGCUCAGAUGUAGAUGCAGAAGGCGAAGAGGUGGACGACGACGACGACAGCGAACCUGUUGGCGCGGUCAAGAUUGCAGCUCGCGAGGAUGCAUAUUCAGAGGAAGAGGAGGACGGAGACGCCGCAGUAACAGUCGAUCUUUCCUCAGAUGCCAAGACCAGCGAUAGCGAGGGCAAUUCCAGUAGUUCCGAGUCUGAAGCAGAAAACCAAUGGCAGGCCGAGAGCGAGGACGGCGAGGAGGCCGAGGCCGAGAAAUCCAACCCGAAUGUCUGCGUGUACUGCAACGAAGACGAGGACAACGACCCAAGUCCGGAGUUUGAGGAGGCUCUGUCGUGCGUGGUGUGUGGGGACAUGGCACAUCGGCAGUGCGCCCGAGACGCUAACACGCUUAGCCCCGACGAUGAUGCAAAACGCUGGCGGUGCACGGCCUGCAUCCAGAAUGACCUCCACGAAGGGAACGAGUCGUCAGAGUCUCUCACUCGUCGUAGGCUCUCAUCGGUUCCCAAGUUGGCGAAGGACCUCCUGCCUUCACACAGGGGUCGGGAUCCGGGUGGGCACUCCAUUUUCAAUGACCUGAUUCUUCCUGACGAUCCCAUCGAUGGCUCGCGUUCGCUGAGGAAACGCAAGGCUUCGCACGAGGAUGAAGUGCUUCCCGCUCGCCAAACGAGGAAAAAGCGCAGGUCGUCCGAGGCGUCCAAGUCCGAAGCUGGACGGUCGGUGACGGCAUCAUCACCUGGUGCGCGGGCCAGAAGCGCAGUAACCGAUGGUGAUGAUACCGACGGUGCGCAGCUCACCGCCUCCGAGCACGAAUCCUCGCGCCUCCGCUCUUCACGCGCCCGCCGGACUAAGCCCAAAAGGAACGACAAACGGCCGCUGAUGUGGGUCGAGGAGUCCCAAGGUCUCAGCCUCAUCGUGGUGUUUCACCUCAACAACGAGAAAGUGCAGAAUAUUGUCACCUCCAAGCCGAAGAAGAAGACCCUCACUCUGGAACAGGAACGGCAAGAGCGGCGGAGGGAACGGGACCGGGAGCGCCGCGAACGGAACAGGCGCGCAGCCCAAGCGGCGAGGGAGACGGUGGAGGAAUCUCACUACCCCGCGAUUCACAGCCAAUACACGGCGCCGUUUCACGGGUUUGCGGACAAGGAGAUGGACGAGAACAAGAGCAAGCCGUACGGUGGGAUACUGUCUGAGGCCGACGCCGAUACCUCGAAGACAUACCCGACCCACACCGACAGAAAGCGCUUCGAAGACGCCCGCCUCAAAGCAGAAGAGGCCUGGAAGCAGAAGCAGGCCGCGCUGUACGGAGGCCAAGAAACGACGAAGCCGCCAAAGCAAGCAGGACCGCCAAGCAAGAUCAAGUGCAUCAACUUUGGAGGGUGGGAGAUCGACACAUGGCAUGCUGCGCCAUACCCAGAGGAGUACAGCAAGAACCGGGUGCUCUACAUUUGCGAGUUCUGCCUCAAGUACAUGAACUCGGAUUACGUGGCAUGGCGGCACAAGCUUAAAUGCCCAGCAAAGCACCCGCCGGGCGAUGAGAUAUAUCGCGAUGGCAAAUACUCCUUCUUCGAGGUUGACGGGCGGAAGAACCCCGUCUACUGCCAGAACCUCUGCCUGCUCGCCAAGCUCUUCCUGGGCUCCAAGACGCUGUACUACGAUGUUGAGCCGUUUCUCUUCUACGUUAUGACCGAGAACGACCAGUACGGCUGCCAUUUCGUGGGCUACUUCUCGAAGGAGAAGCGACCGAGCUCACUCAACAACGUCUCCUGUAUCCUCGUCCUCCCCAUCCAUCAGCGCAAGGGCUAUGGUCAAUAUCUCAUCGAAUUUUCGUACCUCCUGACUCGUGUUGAGAAGAAGACCGGAAGUCCCGAGAAGCCGCUGAGCGAUAUGGGCUUAGUUAGCUACAGGAAGUACUGGCGGCUCAUUGUGUGUCAAGAACUCCUCGACCAGAAAUCACCCGUCAGCAUUGCCACCAUUUCAGAACGAACGGGCAUGACACCAGACGACAUUGUCUCUGCCUUGGAAGGUUUACGUGCCUUGGUACGCGAUCCGGUAACCGGCAAAUACGCCUUGCGACUGGAUUAUCCCUACUUCAAGCAAUACAUCGAAAAGUGCAGCAAGCCCCACGAACCAAAAAUCAACUCGGAAUGCUUAGUCUGGACACCAUAUGUCAUGGGACGCCUAGGUCAGUACGAGGACGGUCCGGCCUUGCAUACGGUGCAGCAGCGGGACGAAGUCGAUGACGAAGACCAGCCGGAACCAGAAGAGGGCGUUCAAAUGGAGAUGGCCGCUAAGACAAACGGGAUCUCAAAGAACGGCUCGGCUGCCGAUGAGGACGACCUUGGGCCAGCUACCCCUGACCUGCCGGCUGAAGAUUCCAUCAAUGGGGGCUCUCCCGCUCCUGGCACUCCGCUUGCAAACGGCUCUACUGCCGCCGUUGCUGGCUCUCAAGCUACAAGCGCUAUGCAACCUAUACCUCCGACUCGAUACGAAGUAUUCCCACCCAUACCAGGGCAGGCACCAGCAAAACGCCGACCCGGGCGACCCUUUGGCUCUCGUCGCCGAACGAGCACACCUCAAAGCAAGCGUACCCAGCCCCUCUCCAUUGGCACAGCCCCUGUUUCUAGGAUUCAGUUCUCGCCUAGCAAUAGCGGCAAAGCUUCACCGACCGCCAACGGCGCUCUCACGCCCGGCAUACUCAAUCUCCGGCGCACUAGGAGUAAGUUAGGUCAAAGUGUGACGAAUGGCAUAGAUGGUGACGAGGUCGAAGAGGGCGGAGAGGUCAAGGCGGUCAAUGGCAAGCGGACGACAAGGAGCUCCACAGGAAGCCCACGGAAUGCCAAGAAUGGGAAAGGAAAAGGGAGGAUGCUUCAGGAAGAUGACACGGACGAGGAUGCGGAAGGCGACGAUGUGGAUGCAGAGGGGGAGAUGGACAUCGAUGCUGACGCUGACGCCGAAGGAGAGGAAGAUGAUGAUGUGGCCAUGACAGACGCGUGAUCACGAGUUGUUAGGCUAUUGUUUGUGCUUUGGGCGGAUCUCCGUUUCAUCAGAUACAAUCCUUGACUCGACGGCUCAUUAAGAGCGCUUCGUUGACGAAUGGACUUGUGAUCCUCUACUUCGAUGUGGCAUUGGGGAGAUACCUUGGGUGGGAGUUGACUUUG